AUGUCACUGAGAGCUGAAAGCCAUGCAGCUACGUCGGCGCUGAAGAAGAUCGCUGCAGACAUGAGCAACAUCAUCGAGAGCCUGGACACCAGGGAGCUCCACUUCGAGGGGGAGGAGGUCGACUCAGAGGUGCUAAGUGACCCAAAAGGCACCGCGUGCAUUCCCUUCUCUGCCAUCUAUCACACCUGUGGGUUCAAAGAGCCGGGCACGCAGACGUACCUCACGGGAUGUCCUGUUCAAGUGCGUGUGUUGGAAGUUGAACGCUUUACUUCCACAAAGAAGGUGCCAAGCCCCAAUGUUUACACCAUCGAGCUGACCCAUGGAGAGUUCACAUGGCAGGUGAAAAGGAAGUUCAAGCACUUCCAGGAAUUACACAGGGAGCUGCUGAGGUACAAAGCCUUCGUGCACAUCCCGAUCCCUACCAGGAGUCACACGGUGAGAAGACAAUCCAUCAAAAGGGGAGAACCGAGGCAGGUGCCGAGUCUGCCGCACACCGCGGAGAGCACGGUGCGGGAAGAGCACUUCUCCAGCAGGAGGAAACAGCUGGAAGACUACUUGACAAAGAUCCUAAAAAUGCCGAUGUACAGGAACUACCAUGGAACAAUGGAGUUCAUUGGAGUAAGCCAGCUGUCGUUCAUCCAUGACCUGGGACCAAAGGGCAUAGAAGGGAUGAUCAUGAAGCGCUCCGGGGGCCACCGCAUACCUGGCCUGAACUGCUGCGGCCAAGGAAGGAUGUGCUACCGAUGGUCCAAAAGGUGGCUGGUGGUGAAGGACUCUUUCCUGCUGUACAUGAAGCCAGACUCGGGUGCCAUUGCCUUUGUCCUGCUGGUAGAUAAGGAAUUCAACAUUAAGAUAGGCCAGAAAGAAACGGAAACUAAAUACGGGUUGCAGAUCGACAAUCUCUCUAGGUCACUGAUUUUGAGGUGUAACAGCUACAGACAUGCCCAGUGGUGGAGGCAGGGCAUAGACGAGUUCAUUCGGAAGCACGGCAAGGACUUCCUCACGCAGCAUCGCUUCGGCUCUUACGCAGCCGUGCAGGAGAACACGCUGGCCAAGUGGUAUGUAAAUGCUAAGUGGUACUUUGAAGAUGUUGCAAAUGCCAUGGAAGCUGCCAAGGAAGAAAUUUUCAUCACAGAUUGGUGGCUGAGCCCAGAAAUCUUCAUGAAACGACCCGUUGUGGAAGGAAAUCGCUGGCGGCUGGACUGCAUCCUCAAGCGGAAAGCACAACAAGGAGUGAGAAUUUUUGUUAUGCUGUACAAAGAGGUGGAGCUUGCCCUAGGGAUCAACAGUGAAUAUAGCAAGCGGACGCUCAUGCACCUCCAUCCAAACAUUAAGGUGAUGAGACACCCAGACCACGUGUCCUCCUCCGUGUACCUCUGGGCCCACCACGAGAAGCUCGUCAUCGUUGACCAGUCCGUGGCAUUUGUGGGUGGCAUUGACUUGGCGUAUGGCAGGUGGGAUGAUGACGAGCAUCGCCUGACCGACGUGGGCAGUGUCAAACGAAUGGCGGCAGUGAAGUCAGUGUCGACGACCAACCUGGCAGUAAGUGAGCUUGCUCCAGCUGAUGUCCACCUUCAACAUCUGUGCAUCAGGUCUGCGGUGGGGAUGAACAAGCCGUGUCCACUUCUAAGCGUAGGAAAUGCUGACGAUGUCCCAGACAUAUCAAAAAUGAAAGGAAUAGGAAAAACCAAAAAGUUUUCAAGGUUCAGCAUUUACAAGCAUCUCCAUAAACACAGCAUGCACCAUGCUGACAGCGUCAGCAGCAUAGACAGUGAAUCAAGUUACUGUAACCCCACUAGAAGUCAACCGAAUAUAAUCCAGAGUUUAAAGCCCCAUCUGAAAAUGUUCCAUCACCACAGUGAAUCCAAACAGGGGCUCGCUGAGCCUAAGGAGGAUAAAGGAUCCAUUCGCAGCUUGAAGACAGGUGUUGGUGAGCUGCUUGGGGAAACCAGGUUCUGGCAUGGAAAAGACUAUUGCAACUUCGUCUUUAAAGACUGGGUUCAACUUGACAAACCUUUUGCUGACUUCAUUGACAGAUACACCACGCCGAGGAUGCCCUGGCAUGACAUCUCCUCCGUGGUGCACGGCAAAGCUGCGCGUGAUGUCGCCCGACAUUUCAUCCAGCGCUGGAACUUCACCAAGAUUAUGAAGCCCAAAUACCGAUCCCUGUCUUACCCAUUCCUGUUGCCAAAAUCUCAGCAAACUGCUAAUGAGUUGAAGUAUCAGGUGCCCGAGGCUGUUCAUGCCACAGUCCAGGUGAUCCGUUCUGCUGCUGACUGGUCAGCCGGCAUUAAAUACCACGAGGAGUCCAUCCACAGCGCCUACAUCAGCGUGAUAGAAAGCAGCAAGCACUACAUCUAUAUAGAAAACCAGUUUUUUAUUAGCUGUGCUGAUGACAAAGUUGUCUGGAACAAGAUUGGCGAUGCAAUUGCUCAGAGGAUUCUUAAAGCUCACAGGGAAAAUAAGCGUUUCCGAGUAUACGUGGUGAUCCCGCUGCUGCCUGGGUUUGAAGGAGACAUUUCGACCGGCGGGGGAAACGCGCUGCAGGCCAUAAUGCACUUCAACUACAGGACCAUGUGCCGAGGAGAAAACUCAAUCCUGGGCCAGCUGAAGGCAGAGGUUGGAGACAAGUGGAUAAACUACAUAUCAUUCUGUGGACUUCGAACAUAUGCAGAAUUGGAAGGAAAACUAGUCACAGAGCUCAUCUAUGUUCACAGCAAACUGCUUAUUGCUGAUGACAACACAGUUAUAAUCGGUUCUGCCAACAUCAAUGACCGCAGCAUGCUGGGGAAGCGGGACAGCGAGAUGGCCAUCAUCGUGCAGGACACCGAGACCGUCCCCUCUGUGAUGGAUGGGGAGGAUUACAGCGCUGGGAAGUUUGCCCAGUCCCUCCGGCUGCGGUGCUUCAGGGUUGUGCUUGGCGGCUCCGAUCUCAGUCCAGAACACCAGGAUCCUGUCUGCGACAAAUUCUUCAAAGAGGUGUGGAUUUCUACGGCGGCUCGCAAUGCCACCAUCUUUGAUAAGGUUUUUCGAUGCCUUCCCAGUGACCAGGUGAAUAAUUUAGUCCAACUGCGUGAUUUCAUCAACAAGCCCAAAUUAGCGAAUGAUGAUCCUGCAAAAGCAGCAGAAGAAUUAAAAAAGAUUCGUGGAUUUUUAGUACAAUUCCCCUUUCGUUUUCUGGAGGAAGAGUACUUGCUUCCCUCCGUCGGAACAAAGGAGUCCAUGGUACCCAUGGAGGUUUGGACUUAG